AUGCCUUCUCCUGAGCAGCCUGCUGAAAGUGGUGCUGGUAGUGGCGCUGAGUCCGUUGGUGAUAGUCGGGAAGAACCUGAACUACCUGGGGGGACUCCGAGCUCGCAGCACCAGUGGCGACGCUGGACGGAUGAGGAGUGGCAGCUGUGGAAUACUGGUAGAUGGGCUGGAUGGAAUGGGAGCCAUGCACCUUCUACUGGGGACGCCAAUGACUAUAGUGGGGAUACUACUGAACAUGCUAGCCGGGAAGACACCUCUGGGAGGGGUACCAAGUCCACUGACCCUUGGAAUGCUUGGAAAGAUCCAUGGAACCGAAGUUCUUUGGGGAGCCAGCGUGAUGAUGCAGUAGAUGAAAGGGUUGGGGGAGCUAGCGACAAGAUAGUGGUUCCGGAGUUCACUGGUGAAGAGGAUAAAGAAGGGUCCAAGACUAGGAGCUAUCUUAGGAAGAUAGAGGCCUGGAGGAGAGUCACGAGGUUGAAACCAAACAAACAAGCACUUGUCCUUUACAACGGACUCACAGGGAAGGCUUGGAGGGACGCGGAAGACCUUGACGUCUCCCUGCUGGACCACGUGGACGGCGUCAACCGCUUUGUGGAGUGGAUCACCCAGCGGUACCUGGACAAAGAGGUGGUCAAAGCCGGGAAGUACAUGAGCGACUUCUUCAAGUACUUCAAGAGGACCCAGAACCAGGACAUCCGGGACUUCAAUGGAGAGUUCGACAGGCACCUUUCGAAGUUACGUGAGGUGGGGUGCCAACUUCCAGGAGUUUGCAGCUCAUGGUGGUAUGUGGACAAGCUCCGCCUGGACAACACGACGGAACUCAGCUUACUGUCAUCCGUGAACAACCAGUACGACCUGACCAAGCUGCAAGAGGCUGCUGUCGACGACAUUCCUGACGAGGGCGACACAGAGACGCAUGAGGCCUAUGUCGCUUUCAAGAAUGCCAAGGCCAAGUACAACGACGUCUUGAAGGCGAGAGGAGCCUUGUCUGGGAAGUCGAAGGAGGAGGCCUUGCAGUUGGCGAAGGCGAGGUCCUAUUGCUCAGCUUGUGGAAAGAAGGGCCACUGGCACAAGGACCCAGAGUGUCCGAAACACAAAGGCAAACCUCAACCGGGAUCUACGCACACCACCCAUGUCGUCUUCUACACGGACAACGAGGGCCUGGAGACCAUCGUGGACUGUGCUUGCAGCAGGACUUUGGCAGGAUCUUCAUGGGCGAGACGCUACUUGGAGAAGCUCAAGCAGGAGAAGGUCCCCUACAUCAUGAUCGAGCAGGAGGAGAACUUCAAGUUCGGUGGGCCGACCAUCUACCCCUCUCGACGUGCCAUCGUGAGUUGGCUGGCAUUGAGGGGAAGGUGGUUCAUGAUCAAGAUCUCCGUGGUGGCCGCCAAUGUGCCUUUGCUCUUGAGCCGACCGGUGUUGGCUUCUUUGGGGAUGCGCUACAUGAUGGAGGAGAACAUGGCAGACUUCACGAAGUUGGACCUGAAGGGGGUGGCCUUAGGUUUCACCUCCACUGGGCAUCCUCGAGUCGAUGCCGUUGAUUUUGGACCGGAGGUCCCAUCUUGGCCGGAAAAGGUCGAUUGGAGUGUCACUGAAGUGCACGUGCCGGACCUGGCACACGAAGCAGUGGAAGCAUACAUAGCGAUCUUCAUGAAGUACGUGAAACAACAUGCAUACCGUGUCAUGGUAGUGGUCACACCCUUCGACUUGAACAUCUGUGGCAACAUGAGCAUGCUCCGAUGGCAGAAUUUUUGUGGAUUGGCCGCAGCCGUUUUCGUCGUCGACGUGCGACGGAGCAAGCUCACGAACGACCAAUUCGAGACCCCACGGAUGUCCCAGCAGACCACCAAGUCGCCAUGGAAGAUGAAGCGGGACGAGCUGGCCGACGAGCUGGUGAAGAUGGGGUGCCCUGUCCGACCGGACUGGACAGUGCCAGAACUGCGCUCCUUGCUGAUCGAGAAGAUGGACCUGCAGGGAGACCAGAGCCACAAGACGAAGGGGAUAACACACAUGUGCCUGCAGGACCUGACCGCGAAAUGCCUGGAGGAGGGCCUUGCACUCCCCCCCAAACCAACACGGGGAUUGCUCAUGAGGAUGUUGAGGGAGAACACCCCGCCAGGGGACACGGAGAAGGUCUGCUUCGGGUCUUACAAGGGGUACAUGUACAAGGAGGUGAACCCUCAGUACCUGGAGUGGGCGAUGCGGGAGGUUGCAGCCAACCCGCAACACAGCCCCGACCUGGCACGACUGGCACAGUGGGCACAAGCUCGCCAGACGAGGCCGCCUCCAGCUGGAGCCGCCUCGGGCAGUGGGGAUCCCGAGCAAUCUCCCUCAUUGCCGGUGCCAGACUCGAGCAGCUACACCGUGGUAUCGGAGGCGGAGGUUUCGCUGGACGAGGAGAUCAAGGACAUGGAGACUCGCCUUCAUAUCAUGAAGGCAGCCAAGGAAGCGGAGAAGAAGAGGCUGGAGGCGGGGCUGGAGGAGAGCCCCAAGGCCCAUUGGGCGAAGUUGAAGGAGCUCCACAACAUCAAGAAGAAGAUGAAAGCCCCUCUUCAAGAAGGACUGAUCACGGACAAGAUCACCGCUUCCGACACCUUGGACACUUCUGAGGAGCCCUAUGUCAUUGACGAGUCCUACGUGCCUGCGGAGGAGUUCGACGUUGAGGAGACUGACGAGUCGGACUACAUCGACCUCGACGAGUACGAGUUUGAGGAGAAGACUGGGGUGCCUAAGGUGAAGCUCAGGUACCCUGUGGACUAUGAGGAAGUGAAGAACCUUCCAUCGAGGAAGAUGAGGCGGAAUCAGAAGAAGAAGGUCAAGGGAUGGGUCCAUCGGGCCCUGUUGUGCCUGUCAACUACUUUGUUGGCAUGCGCGACCCCAAUUGCAGCAGAACUUCAUGAAGCAGUUGUGGAGCCGGCCAAGGACCUGUGCAAGGCGGUGCUUGGCCCCAACACCCUCCAAGGCAAACGAGAGCCGAUAGCUCUGCUUGAGCUCUUUGCUGGAUCGGCCCAUCUCACGGCACCCCGAGACAUUCUUCUAGGCCACGAUCUUUUUGAUCGCCUGCAGCAGGAGAGCGUCUUCGACGACUUGAACUACAAGAGACCAGCGCUGCUAUGGGUGGCUUUGCCGUGUACCAAGUGGUCCCAGUGGCAGAGGCUCAACUUUGCACAGAGGAAGCAACAGCUGAGGAGAGAGAGGAAGAAGCAGAGGGAGUUGGUGCACUUCGCCGUCGAGUGUGCCUGGAACCAGAUUGCCAAUGGAGGAGAGGUGAUGUUUGAGCACCCGCGAUCCUCUGACCUAUGGGAUGACCACGCAAUGGAGGGCCUCAUGGACAGUGACCUGAUGGUAUACUCCGACAUCGACAUGUGCUGUUAUGACCUGAGGGCCACCACGGAUGGUGGUAGGCUCAGGAAGCCAACUCGCAUUGCCGCCUCUCACCCGAACCUGCUGAUAGGGAUGAACAGGAACUGCCCGGGCAGCCAUGAGCACACCCCGACAGAAGGGAGGAACACCAAAUCAGCUGGGGUCUAUACACCGGCAUUUUGCCGGGCUGUAAUGCAGGGUUUUAAAGCCCAGGAGAGGAGCGUCUGGGUCGGAAGAGACGACCCCCGAGACAAGACUUGGGAUGCCUAUGCGGUGAAUGAGGCUGAGGACGGUGAGGAGGCCAGCAAGGGGAAGCAGAAGAUGUCUGGCAUUGAGCUACCUGCCCAUGUACCUCAACCCCUUGCUCGAGCUCUACGGCGGAUACACCAGAACCUUGGGCACCCUUCCAACCAUGAUCUUGCCAGGCAUCUGAAGCUGUCUGGAGCCUCGGAAGGUGCAGUCAAAGCUGCACAGUCCAUCAGGUGCAGCUCUUAUGCAAGAUUGUCGAACCCCGGUACGAGGAGACCGGCGAAACUGGUGCGGCCGCUUGAGUUCAACCAGGAGGUGGCGGUGGACACGCUCAACCUCUACCUUCACGACAACACCAAGGUCUCCGUCCUCUCGGUGCUGGACCUCGCGACGGGCUACCACGUGGUCAAGAAGCUUCAAGGCCGUAAGUCGGCGGACUUGUUGAGGACGUUCACCGACUGUUGGCUCUCAUGGGCUGGACCACCUCUGAGGCUAGCCUGCGAUCAAGAACGAGGCUUCAUCAAGGAGUUCACGGACGGCAUGGAGAUGGGAGGCACGCAUGUGAAGUACAUUGCGGGCCAGGCUCAUUGGCAAGCUGGAGCAGUUGAGCGGCAGGGAGAAUGGUUCCGCGCUAUGUGGGAUCGGACAGUGACUCACUCUAUGCCCUCUGCAGACGAGGCUGAGUAUACCCUGGCGAUGGUAGCUGCAGCAAAGAACAACCUGAGGAGAAAACAUGGCUACUCACCUGCACAAUGGCUGUUUGGAUCUCAACCCCGUACCGGUGACGGGUUUCUGGAUGAGGAGAAUGGACUGUAUGAAAGAGAAGAAUUGAGAUCAUCAGAUGAGGUCUGGCGGCGGAAGCAAACCAUUAGACAGGCCGCUAGACAAGCAUUCAUACAGUCUCAGGCUGAUGACGCCCUGAAGAGAGCAGUACUCGGCAGGCCGAGGACCAACAAUGAGAUCUUCGAGGCUGGAGACUAUGUGUAUAUCUUCAGGGUGGACAAGACAGCCAAAGGUGUGGCCAGACACCGACAGAACAAAGGUGAGUGGAUUGGACCAGGAGUGGUCGUGGGAAAAGAGGGACCCUCGUACUGGGUAUCGAGGGGCGGCCGUUGUGUGCUUUGUGCCGCUGAACAUCUCAGACCUGCUGAAUCAGAGGAACUGGGAACGGCUUUCCAGACGAGAGCUGUCAAGGAGGAUCUGAUGAGGUUGGCACUUCGCCUUGAUGACAGUGAGGACGAGGAGGCUUUUGCCGACGCAACAGCGCCCGUUCACCCUAAGAGACUGGUGAACUACGAGACUGUCCCCGAGCGUCGAGUCAGGGAAAAAGGAACAGUGAGGAUGCACAAAAGACCAGUGCCACCAGGUGGAGAAGAGCAAGGAGUUCGUCCUCGUCCCCUUCCACCUGUGCCCGACUCUGACUUCGAAGAGCUCUUGGACAAGGAGGUUGAAGCCUCUAGUAGUGCGGGGCCAGCUCGGCAGGCUUUGGUCGCGGAACGGCGAGUGCCAAAAUCAGUGAUCAAGCAGGUCGACAAGGAGAUCAAGUGGGAGGAUAUACCCACAGCCGAGAAACAACUUUACAUUGAGGCUGAGGACAAGCAAUGGAAGGAACAUCUCAAGUAUGAGGCUGUCAGGGUACAUCCACCGGAAGAUGCCGAGAUCCUACGCGACAAAGUCCCCAAGAACCGGAUCUUGAGUGCCAGAUUUGCAUACAGGGACAAGAAUGCUGCGAAACGAAGGGAAGACCCUUCGGUGGGACCAAAGGCAAAAGCGCGGCUAUGUGUAGGUGGGCAUCGAGAUCCUGAUCUCCGACAUGGAACAGUUUCAACAGAAGCACCUACAGCUUCGAGAUGUUCGCUUACAACACUCCUCUUCCUGGCCGCGCAGUUUGGGUGGCAACUGGCAGCUGGAGAUGUUGAGGCCGCCCUUUCUCAACGGCAUCGAGUCCAAGCGCGGCCUUUACUUUGA